AUGCCUAGAAAUAAAGUAAUAUUAUCUUUGAUUGAAAAUGAAUCUGAUAGAAAAGUUUCAUACAGGAAAGGAGAAAAAGGGUUCUUGAAAAAAGCUCAUGAACUGAGCACUCUUUGCGAUGUUGAAAUUGUUGUUGUUAUUGAUAGUCCUUACAACAAUGAACCUAUGGUAUUUCCAAAUUAUAGUGCCGCAAUCAACACCUUUAUAAAGUUUAAAGAGUUGCCAACGUUGGAAAAAUCAAAAGAUAUGGUGACAAGAGAAGAGUUCACCAAAAAACGAAUCGAGAAGAUGGAGAAAAAACUACUAAAGGUAAGGAAGCAAAAUAGGCUCAAGGAAAUUACAAAUGACAUGUAUGAAGUUACAAAAGGAAAAGAUGUUUCCCCUAACAUGGAUCCUUACUACUUCAAUGAUCUGAGUUAUGUGAUCAAGAAAAACAUAAUGCAGAUACGUAAAGCAAUGAAUGGUGAAGAAGUUUGUACAAUAAAUGUCCCUCAACCCAUUGUUGAAUCAAUAAUAAUUGGUGGGACCAACUCUGAGGGGACAAAGGCUACACUAUUGGCCCCUGCUAGUUCUUUACUACCGAUGAAUCCUCUAGAGUCUCCAUCGAUGGUUCAUGGUGGAAUCAACUUUGACAAGAUGAAAACUCCUCCAUUUGUACCUAAUGUGGCUCCAACAAUAGUUCCUUUAUCUGCUUCUCCCAAAGUAACCCAACAAAUGCUUCAUCUAGCAGAUCCUUCGAGGACUCCUAUUAAGAUGGUUCCUCUUAUGAACACUUCGCAGACUAAUCCUUCUCCUUUAUUUUCUUCAUCCAUAUUUCCUUCAAUUGUUCCAAACUUAUUUUCUACAAUACCUCCACAAGCGGCUAGAGGAAAUCCUGGAAUGGACGUCUCAAUGACUUCAACAACAAUGUCUUCAAUUAUGCAUUCACCAAUGAUAGUUCCUCCACUAUGUACUUCACUAACACCGCAAACGGAUCCUUCAGCUGAUCUCUCCCCAAUGGGUUCAUCCAUGCCAAUUAAUAACCACCAAAACUAUACAACUAACAGUCCACAGAGUCCUCAAUUGUCUGAGUUACUAAAUUGGAAUAAUGAUGAUGUAGUGACUUUAUUAGAGGACCCAUCAUUACACAACAUUACUGCUCAAGAUACGAAUCAUACCAACAAUACCUAA